GGGUACCGUACCUAUCAUUCAUUUGAUUGGCCCACAUCACUUUAUCAUUUUUAAUUUAGAUUUAAAUAAUUCAACUGCUACUUGCUCAUUGGUCCAUAUGGACAAAGGUAUGGUACCUUAUGGGUACCAUAGAAUCUACCUAAAAAAACCUCUAGAUUUAUGUAUAAAAAUUAGAACUAAUUAGAUCAUAUGCAUGAGGCAUGAGAUCGAGCUACAUAUAUAUACACCGUCCAUAUAGGUCAACAAGAAGAUGAAAAAAAGUUGAUUUCGAACAAAGGCGUUUGGCUACUUCUCAAUUCUAACCGACACUUCCACUGCCUGAUUAUCCGUCAACGCCGCAGGGAUGUUUCCCGGCUGAGAACCGGCGGAAGGAACUGUCUCCGCCCUGCAGGGGAGGAGAUGACCCGAGCUUUUCACGGGCAGGAUCCGGGCUCUGCAAAGAGGGCAGUUGGCGUGGGCCCGGAACCACCUCUCAAUGCAAUCCGCGUGGAAGCAGUGCUCACAUCCGGGUAAAACCCGACCCGUCUCACCAUCCCGGAGCUCCGACAAACAAACGGAGCAUUCCACCGGCGUGCCGUUAUUAGUCCAUUUGGGGGACGAACAGAAAUGGGGAAAAGUCGGAAGCGUUUCAUGUAAAGAUGGGUCGAGCCCAAUUGGGGCAGAACCCGCAGAAAAGGAAUCUUCCCGGUGGUCGGGGCGGCGACUACGGCGCCAGGAGACCCGCCGGAGAAACAGGCGGAAGAAAGCGAAGAAAAGGCAAACGGCUGCAAGAACGACGACGACGAUUAACGUGAGCUUUCCAGUGUACGCGAAGUUUGAGCAUGUGGAAAGCUUUCUUAGUGGAACAGAAGUUGUUGAUGAUGAGUUCUCAGCCAUGGAUUCCGAUCAUUAAUUAGCUUUCUUCCUUUGAGCUUUGAAGUAGAAAUAUACGUGUAUGGGGUUAAGAGCUGGUAAUAACAAGUGUGGGGGUAUAUGCAUGAUAUGGCCGGCGAUACUUAUCUGUGAAAAUUUACGACAAAAUAAAAAACUAUGGGCUAUGGCAGUUGCAGAUAAUUUGCAGCCUUAAGGAAGGAGGGGAGGAAGUUUCGUUAAAAGGGAGUAAAAGAUUAAGGGAGUGUUUGCAACUGCUUCUGCUUAAAAAAAAGGCACUUUUGGAGAAGUAAUGAAAAAGUGAUUGGUAGUAAAAGUUGAUAGUGUUUGAGAAAAAAGUGAUUUUGAAAAGUAAAAGUUGGUAGUGUUUGGUAAAAUAAGUGCUUUUUGUGUAAUAGAAAAGGGAAAAGCACUUUUCACACGCAAGCCGAGAAAAAGUAAAAAUUGGUAGUGUUUGGUAAAUAAGUGCUUUUUAAAGUCAAAAGCUGAGAAGUGCUUUUUUUUAAGCAGUUGCAAACACUCCCUAAAAAAGAUUUGCACCGGCCCCCACGUCCCUUUAUGUUAGAAUAUUCAUAAUAAUCCCAACUAUUGGCUAUCCGCUCAUAAUAAUCCCAAAUAUUGAUUAUUACAGAAUAAUCCCAACUUUAGGGACCUUCCGCCAAUAAUGGUCCCGAUGAAUAAAUUCUUGUAGUUUCUAAAGUGGAUGAGGUGAGAUAUAACAAGUAAUCCUUAUAAAUAAUCUCAACUUUUAAUUUUUACGCUUAAUUUCUAUUUAAAAUUCACUUUUUAUAGAGGUAAUAUAUGGUCAUGGACCAUUAUUGGCGGAUAGUCUAUAUAGUUGAGAUUAUACAAAAAUAAUCAAUAGUUGGGAUUAUUUUCAGCGGACCAGCAAUAGUUCGG